GACAUCACGCUUUGCAAUUCCCACGUUCGGUCCAACAAGCCAGCACGGAGCUUCUCUGAUCCUUGCCUUUUCCAGAUGCAGCCACAGAAACUCAAAAGAAACAAGUACUAGUUCACUGUAGGAAUCACGAUCACGGAUUACAGUUUUCUGCGUGGAAGUUUGGUGUUCAGAUUUUUUAUCAUGAGAAGGUAAAACUUCUGAAGUUUUUCUGCCACAUGCCAGAACACUAAAUUGAUUCCUUUUUUUUUUAUAUUUUAGUACUGUUAUUAUUAUUUAUAUAUAUUUCGUAGUUUGGAAACAUGGACUGAUCAAAAGUUUUCAUAUCUUGGAAUAAUGUGUGGCUCCUCCUGGAUUCAUCUUCAUUUGGGGAUUUAACCGCUGUUUUAGAAAAGAAUGUAUAUUGUACAUUUUACAAAAGCUAUGGAAUUUUCUUUGCGAAUUCACCUCUUUACAGCUUUUGUCUGCUGUAUUAAGGUUUAUGCUCAAGUGGUACAACCUGCAAAGCAUCCAGGCCUGCAGGUGUUGGCCACGGCAUCACAUUAUUGGCCUCUCGACGCUGUUGAUGGAAUCCAUGAGCUGUGGGACCAGAUUGGAAACAGACCAGGUUAUGUUAACGGAAGUAACAUAAAUAUUGUUGAGGGAAUGGUCAACAAAGGCAUCUUUCUAAAUGGAGACAACGGCGGUACCUUUCUCCACUUUGGAAACUACCAGAACUCUUGUAUUAGUGACCCUACAUGGUGUGGUCCUGAGGGGAUUACCUUCUCCUUUUUUUGGAAAAACUGUGAGGCAGAGUCCCGUUUUGCUGUCGCGUCUGGAGGGAAAGUUAUCUCCAAUGGCUUCUCUGUCUACACCAAUCCCCACGGAGGAUAUGUUGAGUUUUACACAAGAGGCAACAACCAUAGAUGGAAGGCCAACAUCAGUGUCCCAGGGCCUUACUGGACCCACAUUCUCUUCACAUGGAAGAAAAAGGAUGGUCUGACGGUCUACAUCAACGGGACCUUCACUGCUGGUGACACAGAUGGCGGUGUCUCAGAGAACUACGGUGACCCUUAUCCUGACCUUAUCAUUGGAACUGGCAACGACAGGGCAUAUGGUCACUAUGUAACCGGCGCCUUCGAUGAGUUUGUCAUCUGGGAAAGGGCCCUUUCUCCUAACGAGAUCUUGCUCUACUACAGUGCAGCCACAGGCCGGGCCAUGGUUUCUGCCACAACACCCAGAGUCUCCAAAGAAGUCACUUCAACUGCACCAACAGCUAGCGCCCCUGAAGUGAGUCCUCCUGUCAUCAGCAGCCAGAGAGAGGACGUCCAAAGGUCCCAGGAUCCGGAGUCCUUGCCGGUGUUGGGCUUCCUUAAGGCGCUUCCCAAUAGGACCAUUCCUCACAACACUGCCAACAACCUCACACAGGCUUUUCUCAAAAGUGUGGAAGAAGUGCUGUCCUCUCCAGGGCUGCCAGAGCAGCAGUCCAUCCCCGUGGUCAGCGGUCUGAUCGAGACCGUGGACAGGGUGAUGGAACACAUGGUGACUAACCUAGAGCCCAGCCCGAACUCCCUCAUCUCCCUUGCUGGAACAUCUUUUGUUGCAGACUACUCUCUGAUGAAAUUCCCACAGAACUACAACCUGCCACAUUACCGCUUCCCCACACAAGGCAAAAGUUACAUCUCUGUGCCAGGAGAGGCUUUCAACAUGCAGUCUCAAACCACCAUCGUUGGCCUCUUCUACCACAACAUGCACAACUACUACAACGAGAUCAGCCCUGUCAAGACCAGAAUUAACGAAGCAGCUGAUUUUAAGGAUCACAAGAUUCAAGUAGCAAGCUGUCUGAUCUCUCUGAAAGUGGAGCCUUCGCCGGCCCUGUCAGUAAACCUCUCUGGAGCGCCACUCAUCAAGAUUGUCCUCACCCACAUCCUGACUAAAGAACAGCAGGAGCAAGUCUUAAAUCAGAGCAAUAAAGUCUUCCUCUACUGUGCCUUCUUGGACUACAGUUCAAAUGAGGGAGUGUGGUCCAAUGAAGGUUGUGUACGCUCAGAUGGAAACAUGACGUACUCUGUGUGUUUGUGCAACCACCUCACCAACUUUGCCAUACUUAUGCAAGUGGUGCCAUUAAAGCUCACUACUGGCCACAGGGUGGCACUAUCAACCAUUGGUUAUGUCGGCUGCUCAAUUUCCAUCGUCUGUCUUGCCAUCACUCUGGUCACUUUUGCAGUUCUGUCGUCAGUGAGUACCAUCCGUAACCAACGCUACCACAUCCACGCCAACCUGUCCUUUGCCAUCCUGGUGGCUGAGAUCUUACUGCUCAUCAGCUCUCGCUUUGAACCGGGCACGUUGCCAUGUAAGGUGAUGGCUGUCCUGCUUCACUUCUUCUUUCUGAGCGCCUUCGCCUGGAUGCUUGUGGAGGGCCUCCACCUCUACAGUAUGGUUGUCAAGGUGUUUGGCUCUGAGGGCAGCAAACACUUCUACUACUACGGCAUUGGCUGGGGCUCUCCAUUGGUGAUAUGUGUGGUUUCCGUGACAUCGGCUCUAAACAGUUAUGGCGAGGUUGACAACUGUUGGCUGUCACUGACGAAUGGAGCCAUCUGGGCAUUUGUGGCACCAGCUCUGUUUGUCAUUGUGGUGAACAUUGGCAUUCUGAUAUCUGUGACCAGGAUCAUAUCUCGAAUCAGCGGAGAGAGCUACAAAGUUCAUGGAGAUGCCAAUGCAGUCAAGCUGACAGUAAAGGCCGUGGCCGUGCUCCUGCCCAUACUCGGCAUUUCCUGGAUCUUUGGCGUUCUCGCUUUCAACGCACACUCUUUGCCAUUCCUGUAUAUUUUUGCUGUAUUCAACUCGUUACAGGGGUUCUUUGUCUUCUUGUUUCACUGUCUUCUCAACUCUGAGGUCAGAGCUGCUUUCAAACACAAAACCAAGGUGUGGUCUCUUACUAGCAGCUCCAUCCGAAACAUCAAUGUGAAGCCAUUCAACUCAGACAUUAUGAAUGGAAACAAGGAAUGCGUGACUCCGACCAAGAUGAACACAUGGGAAAAAAGCACCAACUCGGCCAAUCGUAUCGACCUCUCCGCUGUGUAGGAUCAUUUUUCUUUCUGUGGCAGGAGAGCAAUCUGCAGCUCACUAGUGUAGAAUGACAAACACUAGUCAGAGUAUUCUCCAACAAUGUUAUGCAAUGAAUUGGACACUCAUCCGCUCAAGUGAAAGAGAUACCAAAGGAGAUGUUCUGUAGCUGAAUAAUAGCUUCACCUUUAAAGACAAACAGACUGUAAGGACUGUGCCUUUUUAUUGUCUCCUAAAAACAUAUUGUGUUCCCAAAAAACAAGAGCAGGGAUUUCUGAGGAGGUCAGUGAGAGUCUUAGCAUCCAGGAGUGCAGUUCAGGGUCUGGCAACAACGCUCUGUGUAGAGGAGCAUCUGGACUUGUAAGUUGCAUAAUCCCUCUGUAUAUUGCAGUUGAUUUUCUAAUUGGCAAGAGUUUAUGUAACAGAAUAGUUCAAUAUUUUGGAAAAUAAGCUUAUUUAUUUUUCUUGCUGAGAGAUGAAAAGAUUUAUACCAACUGUAUGUCUGUUCGGUGAAUAUUAAGCCACUGCCAGCAGCUGAUUAGCUUACCUUAGCACAAAGAAUAGAAACAGCUAACCUGCCUCUGUCAUUAAAUAACACAUAUAACAAAACAGACGUGUAAAAAUGACACAUUAUGGAUUCACUGUUAUGUGCCUGACUAGCAAGCCGUGCUAUCUGUUUCCCCUGUUUCCAGAAUUUGUGCCAAACUAAGCUGAAGUAAUCUGCUGCUGGCUGCAUAUUUAACAUACAUACAUGAGAGUAACAGUAAACUUUUCAUCAAGCUCUCCGCAAGAAAGCAGAUAAGCUUUAAUGAAGCAAUUUCAUCUGCUUUAAUUUACUUGCAGAUAUUGUAACAUUAGAGAUCAUAAGUAUUUUAAGGGUAUGGUAGGUUACAAAUAGGCUAAAUAAACUUGGAUAGGAAAAAAACAAGGAAAGCGGUAUAUUAGAUUUGUGCCUUUGAACAAAGACAUAAUGAUUUCACCAGCUGUUAAGAGUAUUCAUCAUCACAAAUGACAAAAUGCUUAUUUUACCUGGAUGAACUUCUCCAAAAUGUACCUGGUUCAUGCAACUUUAAUCCAAUGUUGGGCACGGCGCAACACAACAACUGCAUGAUCACAAUGGAUGAAGCAGCAAUGUAAUUCUGAUAUAAUGUAUUUAUUUAUUUGAUGAUUCUGUAUAAUUUCUUCUGCAAAAUGUCACAGCUCAACAAACUGUAUGGUCUCAUGUUAAAUUCUGUGUCUAUUUGAGUGUUUUCUCUCUUGAAAUGGUAUAUUUGCAGUACCUCACAUCUUAGUAAGCUGCAAUAUGUUGUGCCUUUUGAGGAAUAGUGAAUAAUUGCUGAGUGUUUUGGACACAAUUCUGUGAAGUUUCAUGGUGUCUUAACUAUUUCUGUUGCUUAUUUCUUUUACAUUUUCAUAUAUACUUUUGUACAAUGAAAUAUGUUCUAUAACAGAGAGACUUGAUAAGGUUGUGGCUUUUUUUUCUUAAAUACUGUGAGAAUGGAGGGAGAUGCCAUAUUUCAAAAUGUCAUUGAUCUUACACUGUACCAACAUUAGGUUUCCUAAAACAGGAUUUACUGUAAGUCACUCUGCGCUCACUUUUCAUGUCAAAUUUAAAGUUAAAUAUUUCAAUAUGUCUAUGCUUGUAUGGCCUUUAAUUGAUUGUUGUUUUAUGGUACUAUGGUUUGUGCUUCCAAUUAUCUUUAUUAUAAAACGUUUAUGAC